ACCCACUACUCCGCUCCACCGCCAUGAUGAUGAUGAUGAUGAUGAUGAUGCUCGCCGUUCUCGUGCUAUGCACGACUCCGUUCGUACCAACGCCAGCGCAGGCGCAGAUCCUGACUAUCCCAUCAUGGCAUAUCCAAUCCACCACCGCAGUCGGCAACGACGCUGUCGCGCUGUCCUCGCCGAACCUCGACGUGUCUGCAUGGUACGAAACGCGGUCUUCCAAGGCGACGCUCAUGGCUGCGUUACUGGACCACGGGGUUUACAACGAAACGUCGCUGUUCUACUCUGAUAAUCUGAAGGAUGUCGAUACGGCUGUGUUUCAGGUUCCCUGGGUCUACCGCGCCGAGUUCGAUGUGGGGAGUGUUGCGGGAUCCGAGGGUUGGGGAAAUGGCACGCGGGGAGCGAAGUUUUAUCAACUCAGGACGAAUGGGAUUUCCUCGCGCGCGGAUGUUUAUUUGAAUGGGGAGGUGGUUGUGGGGGGUGAUGAUCAGGCGGGUGCGUAUACGGGGGUGACGGUUGAUGUUACUGAUUUGCUGGUGGACCGAAGUGGAGGGGAUGCUGGAAACGCUGCUACGGGUCAUGGUGGAAAAGUGGAGAAGAAUGUUCUGCUGAUCAGGGUGUAUCCUACCGACUAUAAUCGCGAUUUUGCGUUGGGCUUUGUCGAUUGGAAUCCGUAUCCUCCUGAUAACGGUACUGGCGUCUGGCGGGACGUGGAGAUUGUACAAACGGGGGCGAUUGGGAUCGAGAGUGUGAGCGUGAACACGGAACUAGAUGGGCAAGUUCGGUUCGGUGUUGAUGUUCGGAAUUGGGGGGGUAGUGACGGUGGGGGUGUCGAGGGGGAGGUCGAGUGUAUAGUGUAUGAUCCCCAAGGGCAAGAAGUAGGGAGACCACGGACUGCGUUGAACUUCAAAGGAGACGCUCAGCCGCAACAAAAAACCAUCCUCACCACCAAGAUCCCCAGCCCGCAGAUCUGGUGGCCCAAACAAUGGGGUUCCCAGCCCCUUUACAACACGACAUGCAGAGCAUUCACGACGGGCUCUGGACUCUCCUCCACACACCCCCCAUUCCGCUUCGGCAUCCGCAAAGUAACAUCAAGCCUCAACCCCCAAAACGACAUUCUGUUCAAUGUAAACAACAUCCCCUUCCAAGUUCUAGCCGCAGGCUACACAUCAGACAUAUUCCUCCGCUUCUCCCCGACCAAACUCCAAACACAACUCCAACUCGUCCAGGCCAUGGGCCUAAACACCAUCCGUCUCGAAGGCAAGCAAGAACACGCCCCCUUGUACGCCCUCGCCGACGAGCUCGGCCUCAUGAUCCUCGCCGGCUGGGAAUGCUGCGAUAAAUGGGAAGGCUGGUCCUACAACGACGAAGCGUCCGGCCUACCAUGGACUCCCCAGGACUACAGCAUCGCGAACUCGUCGAUGCGGCACGAAGCCUCCCUCAUGCAGUCCCACCCAUCGAUGCUAGGAUUCCUAGUCGGCAGCGAUUUCUGGCCCGACGACACGGCGACCCAAAUCUACGUCGAUGCAUUGCAGGCGUAUGAAUGGGAUACCCCGAUUAUCUCGUCGGCGUCGCAGCGCGGGUUCCCAGCGCUCCUCGGGAACAGCGGCAUGAAGAUGGAAGGCCCGUACGAUUGGGUCCCGCCAAACUACUGGCCCUCUUCGACGCAGCUCGGCGGCGCGUUUGGGUUUGGGUCUGAACUCGGGGCUGGGGUGGGGACGCCGCUGCUCCCCUCGCUUUCUCGCUUUCUAUCACCUAACGAUCUAGAGGAUCUAUGGAAGGAGCCGAAUAAAGGGUUAUAUCAUAUGAGUACCGAGGCUUCGUCAUUCUAUACGCGCGAGAUCUACAACUCUGCGUUGUGGGCUAGGUACGGUACGCCCGGGUCGUUGGAGGAUUAUCUCGAGAAAGCGCAGAUGGCGGAUUUCGAAGCCACGCAGGCGCAGUUUGGCAUGUUUGCUGCUAGGUGGAGUUCUGCGGAUCGGCCGGCUACGGGGUUGGUGUAUUGGAUGCUGAAUAACGCGUGGCCAUCACUUCACUGGAAUCUCUUCGACUUCUACCUCCAACCCGGUGGUUCGUUCUACGGUGUCAAAGCCGCAAUUAGCGAUCUGCAAACGCUGGUAUACGACUACGAGACUAGCGAGGUGUACGUUGUAGAUCGAGGAUUAGUGGUGCCUUCACCGGAUUUGAAGAGGACAGUGGACAUCGAAGUCAUGAACCUAAAAGGGGAAGUGGUGGGAGGAAUCACCCACUCGCUGACCAACACCACCUCACUUCCAAACUCCAGCGCAAAGCUACCGCUCGGCGAUAAACUCUCCACCAUCCUAUCCAAAAUCGAGAACGUAGCAUUCUUACGCCUCCGUCUCCUCGAAGACCCCUCCACCACCGAUGACAACCCAACCAUUACACCCACCAGAAACAACAGCAACACAGUCGUAUACCGAACAACCUACACCAUCUCCGCGAAAAAAGAUAUCCUAGACUACGAUGAGUCGACGUGGUAUCACACGCCAGUAUCCAGCUUCGCAGACUACACGGCACUGAACGACCUUUCUCCCGCUACACUACGCAUCACUGCCGCUGCUAACGCGAACGCUAUAACACUGGAGAACACGGCGAAAACCCCCGCCGUAUUCGUGCGGUUAGCAGUUGCGCAGGAGGAAGGAGGGGAGAGCGAUGCCGUGGUUGUGUUUUCGCGGAAUUAUCUCACUUUGUGGCCUGGGGAGACGAUUGACAUCGAGUAUGACGUUUUGAGGGGCGGAGGGAAGAUGACUGUGGAGGUUCAGGGGAAGAAUGUUGAGAGUGAGGUUGUUUCUUUAGGGAUAUGA